GUAGCGCCGAGCAUCGGGAACACAGCGCAGAACAAGACGGUACCAUUCUUUGGGUGCCGGUCACCGCGGAGCAUUCAUUUUUAGUAAGAAAUUGGCUCUCGAAUUAGAGCUCGCGCGCGUUCGCGGUGACUGCAAGAGAGACACCUGUUGCGUCGUUAAGUAAGCCGGCCGCCGCGAAACACGAAUACACAAUACGAGAUGCGUUAUUCGAACGUGCUUGCGCGCAAUUAUUCCUUCAUUCAGUGACUACGUGAUUCGUUGAUCGUUAGUUUCGUAGCGACGAGAAGAAAGAUUUUUCGAAGAGGAUCUCGAGACACUUCGUUUCUCUUGUUCGCAACGAAGGAAAACAGUCUCUCGCGUGACGCGAAGUGCUACUUCGGACCUCUGAUACGUUUCGUCGAUUAAAAGGAGUUGUGAAAUAAAAGCCACUGGUCACCGGUGGAAAUCAGAAGCAGGAAGGUGUUACCUAGGUAGGAGAGACGGAUCGGGAAAGUUCUGUCGCCGAAAGGUGUAACAAAAGAGAAGAAGAAUGUCGAAAGCAGUUGGACUUGAGGAUGACCAACGAUUCGCGUUGAUGAAAUUUAGGCGGUCAGUUCAAGACGUUCUAAAGCAACCGUAUCAUGACGAUAACUUUCUACUGCGCUGGCUUCGAGCAAGAAACUGGAACCCCGUGGCCGCAGAGAAGAUGCUGCGCGCCUCUAUGGAGUGGCGAAAACAAUGGGAGGUCGAUAAGCUACCAGAAUGGGAACCUCCUCAAGUCUUGAACGACUAUCUACCUCACGGUCUGUGCGGUUUCGACAAGGAUGGAGCUCCAGUGGCCGUCGUAUACUUUGACUCUUUUGAUAUUUACGGGAUUUUGCACGUCGCUUCGCGUAGAGAUAUGAUAAGAGUGACCAUAAAGCGUCUCGAGGAGUAUCUUAAAAUAUGCAGAGAGCAAAUGCAGAAACAUGGUCCUGCAGCUGGUCAAGUAGUCGUUAUCUUCGACAUGCAAGGAUUCAAUUUGAGGCAAUACCUCUGGAGACCAGCUGGAGAGGUUGUCAUCACUUUAAUUCAAAUGUACGAGGCCAACUAUCCAGAGAUCUUGAAGACCUGUUAUAUAGUCAAUGCGCCGAAAGUGUUUGCUUUCGCGUUCUCAGUUGCAAAGAAGUUUAUGGAUGAGUACACCUUGUCGAAAAUUCAAAUAUACAAGACUGAUCCUGCAAAGUGGCAGAGAGCCAUAUUCAGUAACACAUCUAGGGACCAAGUACCUGCAUACUUCGGUGGUACUCUCAAGGAUCCUGAUGGCAAUCCAAAAUGUGGAACAAAGAUUUGUCUUGGAGGUAAAGUCCCAAAAGAAAUGUAUGUAACUAAUACAGAGAAAGAUAAGGAGAACUUUACUACAGUUACAAUUAAGAAAGGUGGAAAGUUGGAGCUUGAUUUGCCUGCAUCAGAGAUGGGAUCUAUAUUGAGUUGGGAAUUCCGAACGGAGAAUCAUGAUAUUAGAUUUGGUAUUGUGAAGAAAGAUAACAAUGGGUCGUAUAAGGAAGUGAUACCUAUGCGACGAGUGGCCGCUCAUCAAUUAGAUGAAAUCGGAAUUCUGAACUGCGAAGUACCUGCCACGUAUUCCGUUGUUUUUGAUAAUACUUAUAGUCUAUUGAGAAAUAAAAAAAUUCAUUACUCCGUGCGUGUUCUACCACCGUCGGAACCGCAAGAAAUAAUACCAGCUUCUUCAUAA